GAGAGGCUGAUCUUGUUCCACAAAAAAGAAAAUAACUUGGGAUUGUAGGAAUUGUCCUGCUUGGCCUUCAUAAAAAUUUAUUCAUCCGGAAAUUUGCACGUAAUCACAUUAGACGCAGUUAAGCAAGCCUAAAAACUGCAAACAAAACGAUAAGACGAGCAAUCACUUAAUUAAGUCAUGCAACUAACACCGAACGAUUAAGAUGCCUGGAGUCGAAGCCCCACAGUAAGAGGUGUUUCCGUGUUAUUGUGAUAAUAGGAACUACAGUGAUAAAUUGUAGACUGCUAAACUGGGACGUACUAAAUAAAAAUGCGUGAGGGGGUACCUAAAAUCUUACCUGAUAUGGGGGGGACUUAUAAGAGCGUUUUUUCGUACUGCGAGCCGUCAGUUGGGGUUUCAUCGUCUUGUUAGUUAUGAGCAGUUAAUUUUGGGAGAGGGAAGGAGUUCCUUGCAGACAAAAAAUUAAUCGGUGCUUUAAGAGAAAUUAACUUGUUCAAAUUUGAUGCUGUACUUUUUAUUAAUGCUUUAUUGCCAAUUUCACUAUUUUAAUUGAGAAAAAUUGCAGUAUCUUCUGUUAAUGUCAUUAUUUUAAUUUAAGAAGUUAUAUUAAUUAGAGAUUAUUGGAAGGCUUUGUUAGUAAUUGUUAUACGAAUUUAGAAAGGUAAUUUUGAACACUAAGAAUGGGGAGCAAAAUAAUUUUAAUAUUUACGGUCGUCCUUUGUUGGACUGGAAUAAUUUCGUCACAAUACACUGAGAGUCCUCUGAGGGAGAAGUACGACGGGUAUGGGGAUGAUUGGAUCUUCAUGCCCGAUGGAAAUGGUCAGCCCCAGGUUGCCAUACUGAAAGGCCAGGGACCGGAUUUCAGAGGAUUAAUUGAUGAGUCUGUAACCUUUCAUCUUUACACGAGAAAUGGGCCGCCCAAUGGAACCCUGCUAUACAACGGCAAUUCGAAUUCAAUAAAGUACUCGGCUUUCAAUCCAUCGCACCCCACCAAGUUCAUCACCCACGGAUGGAAAUCUAGUGCCCUCAGCUCAGGUCUUGUUAACUUGAAAAAUGCUUACUUGAGAAGAGGAGAUUACAAUGUAAUUCUCGUGGACUGGGAGCCCCUGGCAUCGAGCACAUUCUACCUGGGGCCAAUGCAGAACACCUGGAAGGUUGGGAAACAGGCUGGAGUGUUCAUAGACUUCUUGAUCCAGGAGACUGGAAUAGUACCUGGGAACAUUCACUUCCUAGGUCAUUCACUGGGGGCUCACGUAGCAGGAAAUGCUGCCUCAUCAACUAUCGUCGGAAAAUUAGGACGAGUGACAGGUCUGGAUCCAGCUCUCCCUGGAUUUCAUGUUAUCACGUCCAAUGACGGAAAACUAGACCCCACAGAUGCAGAUUUCGUUGACGUAAUUCAUUCCUGUGGAGGAAUCUUAGGAUUUCUACAGCCAGUCGGCCAUGCCGAUUUCUACCCCAAUGGGGGGGUUGCUGUGCAGCCGGGAUGCUGCUGCAUGCCAGAAAUAACAGAGGCUUGCAGCCACGGCAGAGCCUACGUCUACUUCACCGAGAGUAUAAUAUCAGAUUCAGGGUUGUUGGCAACAAAAUGUGACACUUGGGAUCAAUUCAGAAGAGGUUCUUGCAAGGACUCUCCUGUGAUUUUUAUGGGAGAGCCAACAGAUUAUGCAGCCAGAGGCAAUUAUUUUCUCAAAACCAGGUCAGAGUCGCCUUUCGCUGAUACUUCAACAAAAUCUCUGUUGUCCGGGGCCUCUGCAUCGGGCUGCGAUGAGCCCGGCGGCUGGGCAAUCAUUGGUGGUUCACGAGUUUGUGGAACAAACUCUGUAUAA